AUGGCGUCAGAGGAGGCACUCUUGCUUGCUGCUCGUGAGCUCCAGUCAGCAGCAGAUGAGGCUGUCUACAACGAUGCAGUUCGUGUGACGAAGAUCUUUUCCGGCAUCUUCUUUGCCGGACUGGCGGGAUGGCUAAGCAUGGCAAACGGCACGAAGCUCUCCUUCAUUCAGCAGGCAGCGUUGGAGAAGCGUUUGACCGUUUGCUGCUUCUUGGGUGUCUACGUGGGUGCAUUUUCGGCGUUCUUCAACUUCUUCCAACUUACAGAAGUGGAUGAUGUCCUUCUUGAUCGCGAAGGCUCCUUCACUUUGGACUUUUCGCGGCCGCUGGAAUGGAUCAUGACUUGCCCUUUGAUGCAGCUCGCUCUGGUUCUGAUGGGUGGUUCGCGCAUCCCAGAGUACCGGCGCAUGGUAAUGCCCGGACUGUCUGUGAUCGUUCUGGUCUGCGGAACGGCCUCGAUGCUUCUAUGGGAUGUUUGGGUCUACGUGGCGUACGGCGUUGGGUUGUGCUUCGCCUGUGUGAUGUUUUGGCUGAACCGUCAGCAGAUUGUUGAGCACAGUGAUGGUCAAGAGUGUUUGCUGUACGGAGACUCCGAGUUCCGCAAAGCAUCGAUUCUGCUGAUCGUGACCUGGGUGCCCUUUCCGACCUUCUACGCGCUCUCACCCGAGGGCUUCGGAAUCAUCACUGACAUUCUCUUCGUCCAGGUCGGCUGGGCGUUUCUGAACAUCGUGUCUAAGUUCACCUUCAUCUUUUACAUUCAAAGGAUCAAGGACAACUAUUGCAAUCGCCUGAAAGUGAAGCGCGAGUUCGCCGGAGUGCAGACUGCUGGACCAAAAGGAGGUGGUUUAGUCGGUCCUGAUGGAACCAUCACCCCACCACUGUCCGGCAUGGACUUGGUGAAGUCCAAACAACAAGAGAAGGCAACAAGCGAGAUGGGCGCCCUGGUGGUUGAAACAAUGAACUUCCUGGGCAUGGCGCAAAACUCUGACCGCUUCUUGAGGUUGCUGCAGAAGUCCAACAUUACUUCCUUGACAGCUUUGGAAGGCCUCACCCAGCACGAAUGCAACAAGCUGACGCUGCCCUGGGAUCUGGUUGCUGCGGUGCAAAAACGCUUGCGAGUGUGGCGCUUGGAGAUGCAGGAUGAAGCUGAACUUGCCUUGGAACAAGGUGAACUUCACUACCAGAUGGAGGAACCGCUGAACAAGGCUGCUUUGGCGGACAAGCUGCAAGCCAUGGCUCCAGGUGUUGCAGGAGGGCCCUCGCCAGCACACCAGCAGUCACCUGUUGCAUACCAAGCGAUGAACGCUCCAAUGCUGCCCGGUAUGAUCGAUGAGCCACGCAUUGCCCGCCUUGAGGACACUUUGAUGGCGAUGCAACAGCAGACUGAGACCAUCCAGCAGCAAAACGAGUACUUCCAGACUGAGGUCUUGCGCAGGCUUUCCGAACAGCAACAGCACCUGAUGCAGCCCAUGCCCUCCGUGACCACCACCCCCAAUGGGACAGCACCAGUGCAGCAGCAGCUGCCGACCCAACUGCUGCAGCAGCUGCAGCAGCAACUGCAGCAGUAUGAGAACUUCCAGACAGAGGUCAUGCGCAGGCUCUCUGAAGUGGGCGCUGACAGCCCGAAAGCCGCACCAUCAAGCUUGAGGAACACCAUUGAGAUGACGGUGGCGGCCACACUGAAGAACAAGGAGAUGGAGAGCCUCUUCGAGCACCGCAUUGAAGAACUGAUUUGUGCGGCACAAGUCCGCAUCGAACAGGCUGCAGACAAGGUCAGCGACAGCCUCCGCGCACAAGUUCGUGAAGUUCAGGGCGCUUAUGAUCGCGCUCGCGAGACCGAAGGCACCUUCAUCGAGAAGGCGGAUGAAAAGAUGAAAGCUUUCAUGGUGAAGACAGAGGAGAAACUGCAAGCCCACAUCGAGAAGUCUGAUGAGAACAUGCAAGCCUACAUCGGCAAGACUGACGAGAAGAUGCAGACCUUUAUGGCCAAGACAGAUGAGAAGAUGCAGAUGGCAGUUGAGGACGUCAACAAAUCUACCGAAUACACCAGGCGAGUCUUGUCUGACUAUCUCAAGGAAGCUCGCACUGCCCAAGAGAGCCGCAACAGCGACCGUCGUCAGGAGGAUAUGGAGCGCAACUUCGCGCGCAAGUUGGAAGACAGCAAUGCCAAGAUCCUUGAAAAGCAGGACCGCGUGGCGGAAUUCCUCCGCGGUGCCCUGCAGAAUGACAUCACCACUGUGAUGAGUCGCAGUGACAUGGUGGUGGAUGUGGUGAAGGAGAACGGCAUGAUGGUGAAAGAGUCUUUGGGAGAUCUCAAGCGCCUCCAGGUCAACGGCCUGGAAAUUGCCAAUGCAACUCAGGACACAGCUCAGCAGAACCUCCAUCGCGCCGGAGAAAUUCGCAACGCUGUGGAAGGAAUUUCAUCACAGACACUUGGAUUCAACAUAUUAACGCAGAAGUCACCAUUUUGUGACGGUCAAAGGUCGGAAGUCAGAAGUCAUUGCAUUUGA